AUGUGCUGCCGCCGCUCUGCCGCCGCCGCCGCCGCCGCCACGAAACCGACCAGUCGCCGCGCGCCGCUCAGGAUGAAAUACCUGGAACGCCUCGCGCACUCCCCGACGCCCCAAACCCCCGAGGCCUCCGUGGUCCAUCUAGCCAAUCAAAGCGCAGCAACUCCUCCCGCCCCCGCCCUGCUGCCACGCCUCCUGAUUGGCGGGGAAAUCGCGCGUCCACAAGCCCUGGCGCGCCCUCCCCCCCUCCCCGGUCUGGUAGGGCGAAGGAGCGGGCGCGCGGUCGAUCGAGCGAUCGGUUGGCGGCUCUUUCUCCUGCUCUGGCAUCCAGCUCUAGGGGCGCAGGCCCGGCCGCCGCGGCGCGCGCCCGGUGGCCGUUGGCGCUCGCGCCGAGUCUUUCUUCUCGUACGCAGAACUCGGGCGGCGGCCUAUGCGUUUGCUAUUCGACGAGGAGUCGUCCGGGUGGUCGGCGGCGGCGGGCAGCUGCUCCGCCCCGCUCCCGGGGAGGCGGCGGCAGCGGCGGCGGCGGGAUUUGGCGCGGCUGGGGAGGCGGGGGCCGCGGCGGCCGGCCUGGAGGCCUGGCGCCACCCCUCGGGGCCUGCUAGGACCCAGUUGGGCCAAGAAGGGGCCGGAGGAUGGUUGGUGGUGGGCUUCCUCCUUUGCCUUUUCCUCCUCAUGCCGCCUUAGUGAGGGCCGGCAGCUCUGGCGGCAGCUCCGGGGUGGGGAGACAAGCUUCGGAGUCGGAAGAGCUGGGUUUGCUUCCGGGCCUAGCCACCAGCUGGCCGAGUGACCUUAAGCAAGUCACUCUUUAAUUUGCGCCUCAGUUUCCUCCUCUGCCUCUCGAUAUUUGUGGGAUUGACAGCGCUUUGAAAUCUCUGAAGCGCCGGUGUGCGUAGGGGAUGAUAUCGUUCGUUUGUGUGUGUGUGUGUUUUUCCUUUUAUAAGAAAACUUAAGCAAAGGCCCAGUCCUUCGAUUGGAGAACCUCGGAUCCCCUAGAAUCAGGUGCAGCAGUUAGUGGGGAGGUGCAUCUGAGGGGGGGCGGGGAAAUGAGGAUUCUUGGCCAGCAAGUUUUCAAGGGGGGGGGCUGAGGCCCCAAAGAGUUGAGACCCACAAUUCCUUUACGCCACAGGGAGGAAACUGAGGCUUAAGAUGUCAUUUGGGACCCUUUACAACCAAUUUAUGAAGCCCCUGUUUGAAUCCCUGAGAUAUGUGAGCUGUUCUAUGCAUAAUGGAUGUUGGGGUAAUAACACUCCACUACUUGGUUUCUGUUCUGAGUCCUUGGCUUUCACCAUGGGGUGCCUGAGGGGUGGCUGGUGCAUAUGGUGGUACAGUGGCACCCAAUAUAGAGCAGCUAAAACUAGAGUGGAUAUUUUUCUCUGUCAAGAAGCCGAUUUCAUCGUUGACCCAGCAACUUUGUUUUCCGCUGCUUAUACUGGUGCCUAAUGAUUUUCCUUGUUCGCUGACCAUUUUUCACUGUUGCCAUCUGUUACUUGCUCUCCUGCUUUGUAAACCUAGUCUGUAUGGUUGAUCGUGAACAGACUUAAUUGUAAAUGGUGCUGCCAAGUCCAGAUAAUUAAUGGUGCAGGUGGAUAAUCUGCAAGCUGGCUUACUUGAACAGAUGGAACCAGUCGUGGUAUUCCUGAAGAUGCUGGGGAGGGGAUUGUCUUUACUAAUUGAAGGUUAACAUUCUUGAAAGUUGUAUUAGAACUACUGAGCCUCAGAAUCAGUAGAUUUGAAGUGUUAAAAAUAUUUCCUGCCCUGCCUUGUUCCAGUUGCUUGCAAGUGUGUUACUAAAAUGGCCAAAAUGCCAGUUUUUUGCUUCUUUGUUAAUUGUCAGCUGCUUAUAUCAAAUUCCAGGGCCAUUAUCCAGUAAACACUAUAGAAAUGUUUGAACUGUCGGAUUUCAAACAUUUUUGUCUUGUGGAGUGGUGCUUAUCAGUGGUAAAGCUCUAAGCAAGUGAAUACAAACACAUUUAAGUGUAUUCUGUCUGGUUGCUAACCAGUUCUGCUGUUUCAUACAAAUGUCUGAAAAAUCAGUUGACUUUUCCUUCAAGGGCAGAGACGAUUGAUCUCGCUUCCAGAGAAAUGACUGUGAGAAAACUUUGUUGGUCUUUUAGCGCAUUGUAAUUAAAUCUGGUCGUACCUCAAAAGAACCUUAUGACUGUUGAUAAGAUGUUUUUGUUGGGAGAAAGGAGGGGAAAAAACCAACUGGAAGCCAAAGCUUGAAAUUCUGUGACAAAACAUGAGAUGUCCGGAAUAGGUUGUUGAAAGGGUUUUGCUGCCGCCAUGUUCUGCACUAGCUGGAGCAGCGGAUAUUCAUUGUGACCACGGCAUUGACUCCAGAGUAUCAAGAACUGGACCUGGAAGAGCUUAUCAGGAUGUGGCAGGAGCUGUGGAGCGCUGGAUAUUUUCAAUUUUGAUCUUGCUUGAGAAAAGAGGCAACGCCUGAGCAAACACUGCCACUCACACUGUUACUGGGAAUUGGAAGAUGCGAAUGUCUGCCAGACCCUCAGUACAAACUGGCAACGCUCCAUCCAAAGUGAACUACGUCCUGUGCCUCCUGAUUGCUGAGUGUUCACCUGGAUCAUCUGACUACCUUCCUUGUGCUGUUCCAUCAGCCUACAGUUCUGGUACCUGGACUUUUGCCCGUGGUGACUACUACCACCUUACUACUGAAGAAGACAUCUUUCCAGUGGACCACUGUGAACCAAGAGGCAUUCAGCCAUCGUGAUGUGGCCUUCAUCUCCACUCCUGUCCUACCCAGAUUGAGCACAGCCCUUUAUAGUGAAGUUAAAUUCAAGCCAAAUAGUUGAAGCUGUUUUAUCACAACCAGGCCCAGUUUGUUCCCUGAUAGUGCAUUUCAUUGUUUGAAUUAAAGUUUCAGAGACACACCAGUUUGGACCAGGGGAUUUGUAGUGAUCAACACUGUCUGAAGAAUGGCAACAUCUGUUUGAGAACAACAUUGGACAACACCCACAAUUUCAAAUUUUGAAGUUCAUGAAGUGUCUAGGAUCCCAGCAAGGUCACUCGACCUUAUUCUUUUUCUACUUCAAAUAUGUAGUAGCCCACUGAAUGAGUAAGCAAAUGUUCAGACCCAUUGGGAUUGAGACAAUGACACAGUGAACUCCUCAUAGCAUCUUCUUUGGGAUUACUCAGGAACCAGAACUUUUCACACAAAUUAAGAAAUUCUACCAAGGAAUCCCUUAAUCUAACAGCAUCUCACAAAGCUCCAAUCAGAUUCCCGAAAAGGCUUCUUGACAAAUCCAGGUAGAACCUGUAUGGUAAUCCCUUAUGUUUAUAUAGCACUUUACAGUUUUCAAGCACUUUUACAUGCAUUAAUCCCUAUUGUCAAGUUAACAAAGUAUGAUCCUUUUUGCAAAUGAAGAAACAAAUUUUAAAGGUUAUCCAAGGUGAUACAGCUAUAAAAUGAUAGAGGCCAGUCCUUGCCUUCUGACUCCCAGUCCAGUACUCUCCUUAGUAUUGACUUAGCCUCUACUUUUUCUGCAGUGUUAAAUGAUUAGAGAUUAGAAAACCAAGGCAAAUGUCCAGUUUCCUGUUUUCGGUGCCCUCAGUGUAUCAUGUAAUCUGGUGAUAACUGAUUAGAAUUUCAUGGUUUAGGAACAGAUUGUCUCCAUGCUGAUAGAUUGUCCCAUGCAGGAGUUUAUCUGACAAGUCUGUCCAAAAUGAAAGAAAUAACUGCUUUAAGAUUAUUUUCAGCCAUUUUUGAUGGUCUUCCCAAAGAUUGCCUGUUUGAUUAGAGUUCCCUGUUUGUGUCAUGUCUUUUAUUUUUAAGUCUCAGUGUAUUGAACAUCAAGAACUUAAAUCUAGCCUCAAGUUAAUAUUUACAUAAAAUAGAGUAGUACUGUUUACAUGUGUGGAUAUAUGAUAUAUGCCAGCCAUAUCAUGUAGCAAGCUUCAGUUCAGUAAUUUGAUAAAAUACUGUAAAAUGUGUCCUCCCGCAUCAUGAUACAGUAUAGUGUAAUGAAUCUCAGAGGGCUUACAACAAAGAGCCUCAUGUAGCUCUUUAACCCAUUAUGUCCUAAGUUUCAUCAAGCACAGAAUGUUCUUUUUGCAACACUCUUUCAUAGAGAUAUUGCUGUAGAGCAUUAUAGCCAGUGUUUCUUGGUUGCCAACAUAUUGCUCUGGAGACCCAAGAAUAACAUCUGAAACCCCUUCCGUCCCCCUUUAUUUUACCUUAUUGUUUAGCUGCUUGGCAUAUUUUCUGAGUCCCGUGUCUUAACCAUUUUAUUUCCUGUCAUCUGUAAAAGACAUGGAAUUGCAUGGGAAGAGAGAACAGGAGGGACACUAGGAAUGUUUAUUCUGCCCCUAGAUUGCAUACUUUGUAGAAUUUUGCUUUAAUUCUGUUUUAAAGUAUUCUCAGGUGGGUGAGAUUGGAAAGAUAAGGGCAAUGUAGGGUGACAAAGAAGACAAUAUUUUCUUUCUUAGAAUUUGAGUGGCCCAUUGAGAUGUUAGCUAUAUGCUUGAAGAAAGUUCCUCCAUCCUUGGACUUACUGGAAUAGUACUUAGAAUUAAAUGCAUUUUACAGCUGUAUGCUGACUGCAAGAACCCUAGUGCUGUCACCUAAUACCAGUAAUAACCUUGUUUUCUAAAUCAUUUGCAUCUAAUUUCAAAUGAUUCAAUUUUAUAGCAGACUGAACAUUAAUUUCAUCAUUCUGUAAUGUGGCCCACAUUAGGGAAAGAGUAGUAGAAAAACACCUUAGCUGACCACAGACUUUGCUCACAGUUUCUGUGACCCGUUUUUUGUAUUUCAGCAUUUUGUGAACAGCUUAUUCUUAGAUCAUUGCUUUUCCAAAGGCUUUGUGGCCAUGAAGCCCAUUGAAUGAAAGCUAUGUGGAAGCCCAAAGUAAAAGUGAAGCUGCUAUGGAUGAAGCAGAAGUGGGGGCCUGAAACCUGUCACAAGCAUCUAUCACCACCUUGGUUGAACCCUAAGGAGAAACCACAACGUCUAGAGUGCUGCAGAACACACUUUGAAAAUCCCUGCCCUAGGCAACAAUAUAUUUGACCUGUAUCUGAACAUCAGUUGACACUGAACAUUCUUAGGAGUACUUUCUGUAUGCAGGUUCAGAAUUAAGGCAAGAAUAUGGGUAUGUCUUUGACACACUACCCCCACCCCCAGUGGUAGUCAUGGACUGAAAGUGAUAUCAAAUAAAUUCAGAUUAACAACCUUCUACCCACAAAUGGACUUGAUUCAGGGCAUCAGAUCUAGCUAGAGAGCAGUUUAUACGUACUCUACACUGACAACCUCGCUUAAGCAACCUCUUUCACAGAUACUCUAGUGGUACUUGAAAUAUGACUGAAAUCUUGAUUUUCCUUGGUACCUGAAUCACCAUGUUAUGAUGCACAUUGAGGCCAUACUAGAUCAACUUAUACAUUGGACCAUCAUCUGCCAUGGUACUCUGUGCAAAGGAGAACCAUUAACUACAAAAUCAUAUCAAAGUACUGGCAACAUUAUCUGAAAGGGAUACCAGAUUACCAUUUAUCUUAUUCUGAAACUAUAAAUCACUAUAACAACCAGUGGCAGUUGAACUGCUUCUUGGUUGUUGGGUUUUUGUUUUUCAGUUUUUUUUUUCCCCCAGUUUAACUGCUGUCUCCUGGGUAAAUGGAGCUAGUAAUCUUUUCUCAAAGUUAAAACAGUUUCUCUAACCCUGGCAUAUCUUCUGUACUUCAAAUGUUUGAAAACUACAUGUAACACUGGAUCCAGAAGAGACAAUCUUUGAACAUCCUUUCUCAUGUAUGUAAUUUAAAAUGUGACAAUUUUAAAAUGGGUCUUUUGAUGUCUGAUACCAUCGGCUGUAGGUGUUAGUAGGAAUAUUUGGAGGUAGACCCUUUGAAUAAACUAUGAUAACUUACUGAGCGUACCAAAUUGCAUUACCAAGUUACUUUUUUCAUAGGAAUUGUAUACUGACUUGAAAAAAAUCUACAAAGCCUGCAGCUAAGGAUUUUAUCAGAUUUACUUUUCCUGCUGCUGCUCCAAAUGUCAUAAGACCCUUUUAAUGGAAUUUCAUCUGUCUGAAUACUGUUGUUUUACACUGAUUUCAGAGUGGCCAGCUUCAUUCAUUGCCAUGAGAUACUCAGGCAUUCAACCUGUUUCUGCAGAAAGGAUUUGAUUCAUGAAUUCUCACACCAGAGUGUGUCAAGUAUACUUCAAUUUGUGUUGUGAGGAAAUGUCAUUCCUUCAUGGUCAAUUUAAGUAAAGGCCAACUGUCCUCAACUACUUUAAUGAAUGCACUGGUUAAACAUUAGGAAUGGUUUGUUUUUUUUGGUUUGUUUUUUUUUUUUUUGCCAUCUCCUAGCUUCUCAACACAUUUUAGUUACAUGAUUCCUCUACAGACUACAAGGCCUCAGAUUACUCUAGCCUGCUCACACUCAAAGAAUCUGACUAGACCUGCUUAUGUUGCAACAAUUAUUUGUAAAGAAAAAAAGUUACUACAAACACGAUAUUUCUACUGUCUUCAAAAAGUCAGCUUGAUUCUCUUUCUCCUGAAUUUUUACAGAAAGACUUUGACACUGCCAGACAUUCCCUUUAUUCCUGUCAACCCUCAGACAAAAUGAGGGACUUAAGGUGAGGAGGAUCAUUUGUUCAAGAAUCUAAUAUAUGCUGUGUACAAGAAUGGAUGGUUGAAAAAGCAAAGCCUAAUACUCAAAAACCUAGAAUCUUAGCUACUGUCUCCAUUCCUCAGAAUUUAUCUUGAGUCAGCAGCACUGUUCAACCAACUGAGGUCUUGAUUUGUUUCUUGGAGAUGGGCUGAGUUACAGAAACUGAAGAUUUCAUUACCAAAGAAAGUAGGGCUAACCUUGGUGAACCUGCCUCUCAACCUAAAUGCUCCCAGAUGUAGCAUAGGCACCAACAAGAAAGUUUUGUCUGAAUUGAGGAUAGAUCCUUGCCUUGGACUGAAAUUCUUGGACACACGAGCUGGAAAAUAACACCUAGGAUUAGAAAAUUAUACAGAUCCUGUGGACUAAUCCUGGAGUACUCAGGAAAAACUAGAAUUUCAACAUUAAUUUGUCUGUUCUCCCCAUCAUAUACUGACCUUUUAUUAAGCCCUGCUAAAGGUAUCUUUCUUGCCUCUACUCAGUCCAGACCUCCCUUUUUUGACACGUGGCUGCAAUCAAAAUGGCUGCCUGAGACUAUGACUAAUUUCAAUCAAACUUAUACACAGUUCCACCAACGAGUUUUAUACAGAAGCAACCUGCACCUCACCCCACUAUUCACAAUAGGAAAGGACAAUACUAUAAGCUCCUUGACCAGCAACUUUUUUUUUAAAUGCAGAGGAUAUUUGUACUCUGUCUACAUUUGAUAAUUUUCAGCACCUCAGAUCCUGACUGCCAGAUCUAAAGGAAACCAAAAGUACCAUUCCUCUCUACUGCAAUAAUACAGAAACGAAUCUGAUUUACCAGAACUUGCAGAAAGGUACCGGUUUGACUUGGCAUAAGACUGAAAGGAACACAAGAAGUUUUUCACUGAAUUUAAAAUUUACCACUGACUUAACCUCACAGGACCCUGCCAUUGGGAAGUUCAUUGUCCUGCUUCACAUCAGCAAGACAUUUGGGCUUUUUCAGACUUAUGACCACUGAACUUAUGUUGACACUAUUGUAACACCCAGUACCAUUGGGUGUGCUAUUCCAUUCAAGUGGAUUGCAGGCUUUUUGAAGAUAGGAACAACAUUCCUGGUAAUGGGUUUUUCCAAAUAAUUUAAUCCUCAACAAAUAACAGUGCAGCUGUCACCCUUAAACUUUCUGAGCAAAGAUCACACUUUUUACAGUAUCUUGUCUUCUCUUUGACAUCAGUCAUUUUGAUGUCCAUUCCAUCUCUUUGUUGCAGCUCCCUGAUGUUUCUUGGAACCACCUCCCUGUUUUUUGGUCCAUGUUGUUCAGACAGUCAUACCCAACCUUGGUCUUUAUGGGUGAACAUGUAAUUCAGACUUGAUUGAUCAGCUAGUGAUUGGUUCAGGGAUUCAAGUUGGUCCAGUGAUAACUCAGCUAAGAGUUUUACUGAACUGCAGAGGAGAAACGCAGAAACUCUUUACUGAGGUUACUUAGCUUUGUAGACUGAGAAGCUCAAACCAGUGGGCUCACCAUGUCAAAUCAGCCAGUCCAAGAUCAAAGCCAGUGCAGAGGAAUGCAGAGCCAAAUGAUGGAGACAUUUUGAGUCUUGAUGACAAUGUGCCCCUGGAUCCAACCGUGCCUGAAGCUAAUAUCCCCUGGACUUUUCAGUUAUGUGAAACAAUAAAUACCUGUUUUUGCUUAAUGUUA